GCUUGUGGGCAAUCCUAUUAUCAACUCCUGCUGAUGGGUAGGCCCACUGAGCGACGCCAUCGCCGCAGUUGCUGAACGCUUGUUUUGAGCUCCGAUUUGCAGACUUCUUACCUUUCAUCUUCGUCGGAUGUCACGCGGAUCUGAACUUGCCAUUCGGUAAAUGACUCCCUACUGACCAUGUCCACAGAGAAGAAACCCAAAAAGAAGAAGCCAGAGUCAGCUCAGGAGAAUGUCAAUGGCUCUGAUGCUAAACCGAAGAAGACCAAGAGCAAGAAGAAUGAGGAGCUGUCUGGAACAGAGGAGAACACCCCCACAAAGAAUGGGAAGAAAGUAAAGAAAAAGAAAACAGACAAGGAAAAGGAUGAACCAGUGGAAAAGGAGAUCAAAAAGAAGACAAAAAGUGCUCCAAAAAAGAAAAAAAGUUCUGAGGAUGAAGAUGAGGACGAUGAGGAUGACGAAGAUGAGACCCCACAGAAAAAAACCAAGAAAAAGCCCACAAAAGAGAGCACUUCUGGAGACGGCAAGGACAAGAAAUCAAAGGCCAAAGAGGAUAAAAGUGCAUCAGACACAAAAGGGAAGUCGUCAAAAUCCAAAAAGGAACCGGCCUCCAUGUUCCAGAUUAACGGCGAGAAACCUGACUUUAGGGUGAAGAAGAAAGCAGUGCCAAAGUCUGACAGUGAUGACAGUGAGCCCGAAACCAAGCCAAGUAAAACAAAGAAGAAGGCUAAUGCCAGCCCAGCCUCCAUGUUCCUGACAAGUGGAGACAAGGAGAAGAACAAGGAAAAGGACAAGAAGGGAAAGAAGAAGGCUUCAGCAAAGACUGAGGACAGUGAUGAUGAGGACUCAGAGGUGAUGGUGAAGAAGAAAAAGGGAAAGGGCAAAAAGAAAAAGGAGGAGGAGAGGCCUCCAUCCCCCAUCAUUGAGUUUGACGACCUAGAGGAAUUUGUGCUGCAGCCAGCCCCACCGGGUAUCACUGUCAAGUGCAGGGUGACCCGAGACAAGCGGGGAAUGGACCGCGGUCUCUACCCCACCUAUUAUCUGCACCUGGACAAUGAGAAGAAGGUCUUCCUGUUGGCAGGAAGGAAGCGGAAGAAGAGCACGACCUCAAACUACCUAAUUUCCAUAGAUGCCACAGACUUGUCACGAGGUGGGGAGAAUUAUGUCGGAAAACUCAGAUCCAACCUGAUGGGGACGAAAUUCACCGUGUUUGAUAAUGGACUGAACCCAGACAGGGCUCUCCGGGACUUGUCCAAUGCUCGGCAGGAGCUGGCAGCCAUCAUCUAUGAAACCAAUGUGCUCGGAUUCAAAGGCCCCAGAAAAAUGACCGUGAUCAUUCCUGGAAUGGAUGAGGACAAUGAGAGAGUACCUAUCCGAGCCAGAAAUGACAACGACGGGCUGCUGAUGCGCUACCAGAAUAGACAGAUGGACAACCUCAUUGAGCUGCACAACAAGACCCCUGUGUGGAACGAUGAAACGGCAUCCUAUGUGCUCAACUUUUCCGGCCGCGUCACGCAGGCCUCUGUCAAGAACUUCCAGAUCGUUCACAGCAAAGACAACAGUUACAUUGUCAUGCAGUUUGGCCGAGUGGCAGAUGACGCCUUCACACUGGACUACAACUACCCCAUGUGUGCGGUGCAAGCCUUUGCCAUUGCCCUGUCCAGUUUCGACGGCAAGCUAGCUUGUGAAUGAGAGUGGCGCGAUCAUAUAGGAAGACCAACGUAACCCACAAGGAGAUUCCACCACUGAUGUCCUAAAGCCACUUUUCUUGUGAUUGUGCAAGAAUGUGAAAAGGGUUCCGCAAAUCUUAUACUUCUGUCAUGUGUUAAUAUUAAUAGAGCUGAUAUAUUCAGAAGGUUUCGUUGAUUUACAUUCAUGUUUAUUGGUUUGUUUUGUUACCGUGAUUUAAAUUCCAGAUUGCUUCUUGGACGUGGAAUAGUUUCUAAAGUCUGGAGGGAAUACCAGGGUGUCACAGGAAAGGCUGAAGUGGGUUAAGUAAUUUUCCCCUUGUGCAUUCUGGGAAUUGCAGUCCUCUGACUGGGGGAGGAGCAAGGCCCAAGGUUACAACUACACUUCGUUGUUGUCAGAGUCGACUGCUAACGGUAGGGAGCCCCCUACAGGAUCGGCAUCUCAAAGUGGAAAGAUUUUGUCGACAUGCAACGGUUGGGUAUUCGCAAUGUGUUUGGUGUUUUUUAAAAUGAUGCUCAUCUAAUUUAUUGAAAAUACUGAAUCAGAGCUGGGAAAAUCAACGGGUUAGUCCAUCCCUGUAGAUAAAAAUCCAUUUCAUCAGCUCAUUUUAAAUAUACCACUCAGAUGGUAGAGGGAUUCCAAUGUUAUCUGUUUAUACCUUAUUUUUUGAUGUUAAAAUCGUAAAAUAGUACAAUCGCAACAGCUUCUGGCUGACUACAGUACUGAAUAUUCUUUAGAUUUUCAACAUUGCACUUUUUCCCUGAAAAAAUAGCCUCUAAAUUGGAUAUUUUCCGUCCUUAAUUCAAGUUCAGCACGUGUCUUCCUUUCACGUGAAGGUGAUGUACAAGGAAUUUUGUUAAUUCUAUUUUCCUUUGGCAAUUACAAAGGAAAAAUCAUACAGAAAUGUUAAAGUAUUGCUAUAAAUAAUGUGUUGCAGGGUG